AUGUCUCAACAAGUAAUUGUAGCGUCCUGUUCGCUCAAUCAGUGGGCACUCGAUUGGGAGGGAAACCUGGCUCGUAUAAAGGCAAGCAUCCAGGAGGCUAAAGCCCGCAGGGCAAGCGUUCGUGUUGGAUCUGAGCUCGAGAUAUGUGGCUACGGCUGCUUGGACCACUUUCUAGAGGACGACAUCUACACAAAUUCCUGGCAUAUGCUCCUCGAGAUUCUCGGUGAUGAGACCUGCAACGAGGUACUUCUUGACAUCGGUAUGCCGGUGAAGCAUGGCAAGCAACGCCUUAAUUGCCGUAUCAUAGCGCUCAAUGGCAAGAUCAUCCUGAUACGUCCCAAGCUAUGGCUUGCAAACGAAGGCAAUUACAACGAGACGCGUUACUUUCACGCGUGGAGCACGCCCAGCUACCUCGAGGAAUAUCACUUGCCUCCGCAAGUGGCAGCCGCCCUCGGUUACAGAACAGUCCCGCUCGGAGAUGCCAUUGUGUCAACUCGAGAUGCGGCGAUGUACAGCGAAGACCUCCUCACACCUGGUUCGCAGCACUAUGAAUUAGUUCAAAAUGGCGUUGACAUCUUCACUGUAUCAGCUGCUUUCCAGCAGAGCGUUGGCAAAACAUCUGCUCUACUCCAGCAUAUGCAACAAUUGGUGAAAGAGAGUGGAGGAAUCAUCAUAUAUUCCAACCAGAAGGGUUGUGACGGAGACCGGUUCUACUAUGGCGGCAAAGCCACUGUUAUGGUCAAUGGCACGAUUGCGGCGCAGGGACUGCAGUUUACCCUGAACGAUGUGGAAGUAGUGACAGCCAGAGUCGACUUGAACCAAGUCCGAUGCUACCGUCAGGACGUUGGACGACUGGGUGGAACCCCGUCCAAAGGUCCAGCUUACGAGCGCAUUAAGGUGGACUUUAGCCUUUCGAGGUCGAACGCUGGCGCCAACGAUAGUGGUCGUCAUGUUACACGUCAACCCCUACGAACACACAGCCCCGAAGAAGAGCUCGUCUUGGGGCCAGCAUGCUGGCUUUGGGAUAUGCUCCGGCGUAGCAAAGCAGCAGGCUUUCUUUGCCCUCUCAGUGGAGGCAUCGACUCAUGUUCAACGGCAACUCUGGUCUAUGGUAUGUGUCGAGUCGUCAUGGCCGCAGUUCAGGAAGCAAACGAGCAGGUUGCAGCAGACUUGAAACGCAUCAUCAGGUAUCCGCAAACCGAGGACGGUUGGCUCCCAUCUACACCUGAAGAGCUGUGCAACUGCAUCCUCCACACCAUGUACAUGGGUGUCACUGCUCACUCAUCGGCCGAGACACGCUCCCGUGCGCAACGACUUGCCGACAACAUCGGCGCGUACCACUUCGAUAUGAGUAUCGAUGGUUUGUUCGAGGCGCAGAAGAAACUGCUUGGACAGUUCACGAAUUAUGAGCCCAAGUUCAGCAUUUACGGAGGCAGCAAGGCGGAGAACCUGGCUCUCCACAACAUCCAAGCCCGCGGGCGUAUGGUGACGGCAUACUACUUCGCUCAGAUGUUGCCGACGAUUCGAAAGAGGCAAGGAGGUGGUGCACUCCUUGUUCUGGGCUCUGUCAACCUAGAGGAGUGCCUGCGGGGCAACGUGACAAAACACGACUGCAGUUCCGCUGACUUGAGCGCCACAGGGGGUAUGUCUAAGCUGGAUAUCAGACGCUUAAUCCGCUGGGCACAGACAUCCUUCUCCCUUCCUGUCCUUGGUGAGUUCCUCGAUGCACCGCCAACUGGUGAGCUCGAGCCUAGAAGGUCCCACCGCGUCGAGUCGGACGAAAAAGAUAUGGGCAUGACAUAUGAGGAAAUAUUCACUAUGGCGAAGCUACGGAAGGAGGAGCGAAUGGGUCCCGUCGCUAUGUUCGAGCGGAUGCUGAUCGAAUGGCGUGACGAGAAGAGUCCAGAAGAAACUGCAGUCUUGGUGAAGAGGUUCCAUCAUUUCUAUGCCAUCAACCGACACAAAAUGACGACUAUGACACCUGCAUAUCACACCGCGGAGUACAGCGCAGAGGACCCAAGACCAUUCCUGUACCCUGAGUUCCAGAGCAGCCUGGAUUGCAAGCGCAUCGACCUGAUGGUUUACGACAUUGAAGGGAAGAGAGAAAUGCGAAAAGGCUUGGCAUUACGGCCUUAG